AUGAUGGGGCCAGAGGCAGCUCGUAUUUUACAGACAUUGCCCAUAAAAGAUGAAAAUGCAGAAAAGUAUACAAAUGUAAUCGACGCGAUAAAAUUAUUCGUAUCACUGCAUAUUAAUAAUAGCUUUGAACGGUUUAAAUUCAACGAGAGAAAGCAACGAUAUAGUGAGCCAUUUGAAAUGUUUCUCACAAAUUGCAGAGAGCUUAUUAAAACAUGUGAGUACAAUGUAACAUCAGAUUCGAAGCCCUUAGAAAAUCAGAUGCUUCGUGAUAAAAUCGCGCAUGGAGUGUAUGACAAAGCUAUUCAAGAAAAUCUUUUACGAAUUGAAAAUUUAACAUUAGAGAAAGCCAUUCAUUACUGCAGGACAUCUGAACAGAGUAAAAAACAAGUACAGGAAAUGAAUACCAGCACCGCAGUAGAAGUGGACGUGUUGAAAAAGACGAUUAACAACACAUUUUCAUGCAUGAGAUGCCAGAAACAACAUGGUCCGAGACAAUGUCCAGCAUUCGGGAAGCGUUGUUCAAAAUGUGGGAUACUCAAUCAUUUUGCAGUCAGUUGCAGAAAGAUACCCCAACAUGUCAAGAAAGUUAAAGAAGUAAAAUUUGAUGAGAAGCCCGAUAACACCAGCAGUAGUGAGGAGUUGUUUUGCGGGAUGACCAAAUUCAAGGAUACCUGCUCCAACGAUUGGUAUGAAAUAUAA